UCUCAUUCAGAAGCGCAGUGCGGUGUUUACUUUCCUGGUUCCGUUGUUUCGGUACCAAAAUGCGGUACCAUUUAAACUGGAAAGUGACUCGUAAUGCAAAUGUCUCCUUUGCAUAGUUGACAAAAGAGUUUAAAAAGUGUAUUUUCAGCUGUUAAAGUUGUUUGUCAUGCCAUGGCCCUCCUAAAUAAAAUGCCAUUUUCUUCUACGAUGUUACAUUUUUUGCUGUAUUGCAUGUUCCUGCUGAUAGAAACUAAACCUGUGUGGUUUAAACCGGUCAAACUAGUUUUGUGAAAUGUUAGCUUCUGUUUCGUUACCGGUCUGAGGUGGUCUAUGACAGUGGUUCCUACCCAAGUUCCUGGAGGCCCCCAACCCUGCAUGUUUUCAAUGUCUGCAUAAUGAAACGCACCUAUUCAGAUAAUCAGCUCAGUAGUAGAGACUCAUAGACCUGAAAUGGGUGUGCUAGACAAAGAAGAGAUGCAAAACUUGCCAUGUUGUUGAGCCUCCAUCUAACCAGCACAAUUAACCAGAAAAAGUGAGAUUCAUUUUCAUGGUGGCUGCCCUCAUAAUAUCCAUAAGCCUUGUCCUCAAACUAUUGCAGAUGGAUCCUGAAUUAACAUUAUCAAAUUUAGUAGAAAGGUCAGUGGAGGGAGCAGCUUCUUUUGAACAGAAAACCAAUAGUUACAAAGGUGAUGGUCCUAAGGGCAAAUGUGGCCUCCCCAAACCAUGUCCUGGAAAUGAUUAUGCUUUUAAAAUGUACAGCGGUGCAACAAACAUCAUUGGACCUCGAAUAUGCUUUGAUGGAAAAAUGAUAAUAGAGGGAGACAAACGUGGAAAUCGACAAGGAAUGAAUAUUGCUGUUUUCAGUGAAAAAACAGGUGAACUCGUCAACACUGGCAGCUUUAAUAUGUGGAAUGGAAAGGUUGAGGAUCUGAUAGAGUUUCUGAAGUCGGUCGAGAAUGGUUCUCUUGUGUUGAUCGCCACAUUUGAUGACCCAGCCACAAAACUUAAUGAUGAAGCAAGGACACUUAUCGCAGAGCUUGGCAGUUCAUAUAUUUCCAAGUUGAAGUUCAGAGAUAAUUGGCUCUUUGUGGGAGGGAAGAAAACCAUAACACAAGUCACUUUUGAGCAGCACAUGAAGAAUGACAGAGAAACCAAUAAGUAUGAAACCUGGCCAGAAAUGAUCGAGAUGGAAGGUUGCAUACCUCGAAUAGACUGAUUUUUCUUGUAGCACAAUUUGUACUGCCAAAUCAUGCCUUUUUAAUCAGGCAUAUGAGGUGUUUGCAUUUAAAGUAAUACAAAAAGCUGUGUUUUAUGAUAUUCCAGACUGUCCUAUUUGCAUUGUAAUUAAUAGGCUAUUUGUCUACUGCUGCCGACAUGUAAUUCUGUUAAUAUUUCUGAAACCUCUUACAAUAGAGGUUACCCUGGACUUAAAAUAUUAAAAAUCAUUUUAAUUUUGA